UUGCAUUUCUAAAUUGCUAGCGAAGGUAAAUAUGGGUGACGUUGUGGUGAGUAGCGAGGAAGUUAGAAUUGGGAGUGAGACGGAGAAGGAAAAUGAGGAGUUGGAUGGGAAUUUGGAGUCGGAGAAGGAGGGAGAGAAGCGUGGGAGUUCUGCUUCUGGGGCAGUGGUAAAUUGGGGAAGGUUUUUACCCAUGCCGGCUUUGAGGGUUUUGUUGGUCGAAGCUGAUGAUUCAACCAGGCAGAUUAUCUUUGCUCUUCUCAGAAAAUGCAGUUAUAGAGUUGCUGCUGUUUCUGAUGGCUUGAAAGCAUGGGAGAUGCUGAAAGGAAGGCCUCAUAGUGUAGAUCUCAUUUUGACAGAAGUGGAUUUACCAUCUAUAUCAGGAUUCGCUCUUCUUACACUAAUCAUGGAGCAUGAUGUUUGUAAAAACAUCCCUGUUAUAAUGAUGUCCUCACAAGAUUCAGUUAGCACAGUAUACAAAUGCAUGUUGAGAGGGGCUGCUGACUACCUUGUUAAACCGAUAAGGAGAAAUGAGCUGAGAAAUUUAUGGCAGCAUGUAUGGAGAAGACGAUCAUCAGUAGUUGGUGGGAAUCCCUCCCUGGAUGAGAGUGUUGGACAGAAAAAGGUUGAAGCUAGCUCUGAAAAUGAUGCUGCAUGUAAUCAUUCCAUUGGUUGCUUGGCUGGUGUCCAAACAAAUAAGGAACAAACUGAGAAAGGGAGUGAUGCCCAGCAGAGCUCUUGUACGAAGCCAGAUAUGGAGGCUGAGAGUACCCACAAGGAAAAUAUGCAAGAAUUCUCACACUUGAUGAAGGGAAAAUCACCACCAAUUGAAUUGCAGGAGCAUGAAGCUCAUGCCAGUUUCAAUCAGAACCUGCUCAUGCAUCAGAUGGAAAAUGCAGAUGCUGAUUCCUGCAAGGAUGCCUACACAACAACUGUGCACAAGGAUGUUGAACUGGAAAAUCAAAGAAGGGAUACUAAUAUCUUGGCUGAGGCUGGUGAUGUGCUUGUUGGUUCACCAAGAGAAGCCAUUGACUUCAUGGGAACAUUUAAUAAAAAUUGGAAUUCUUCAAUAAAUAGCGCUAGAAAUUUUGAUUCUUCUCCAUACUUGGAUCUUUCCUUGAGAAGAAGUAAUCCUCAUGUAUCUGAGAAUGUUACUCAAGAAAGGCCUACCUUCUGGCAUCCUAAUGCAUCAGCCUUCAUGAGGUACGCUAGCAGAGUAUCACAGCCCCUGCAUUCAACAUUGAUGAGUUUCGGUGAUCAGAAGAAAGACUCUGAAACUAAUUCUGAGAAGAUGUUGACCAACGUUAUUUCCGAAUACAACUCUGAUACUCCUAGUCCUACGCUAACUUCUCAAAGAAGUAUGAUUCCUUUUACUACUGGAGCUACUGCUGAAUUGAAGCAAACUGAAGCAGCAGCAGCAGCAUGCACACAACAGAGAGUAUUCCCUGUCCCAGUACCAGUGAAGGGUAUAAGAUUGAAUAAUCCGUGCAAUGGUUAUAACUCAAUUACUCCUCCAAUCUAUUGUGCACGAUCAAGUUCAUCCAUGCAAAGUCCAAGCUCAGCCAACCAGCAGGAACCUGCAUUUUGUGUGAAUCUGUUUCGUCAUUCCAGUUUUGAAGCCAACUCCUCUGGACAGUUGUAUGACCGACUUGCUUCCAAUACAAAUCAGUCAACCAACCAACCCUUGCACAAGCUGGAUUCAAUUGAGGAUAGAGGGCAUAUGUCUCCCAACACUGAUCAGAGUGCAACUAGCAGUUUCUGUAAUGGCUCUUUAAGUCAACUUAAUGGUAUUGCAUAUGGAAGCACUGGUGCAAGUAAUGGCAAUGUUGAUCAGGUUGCAAUCGGCCGAGCUUCUACAGAGAGCAAGAACGAUGAAAGUUUUCCUAGCCCUAGUGGAAAUUCAUGCCGUUCUAUCCAAAGAGAAGCAGCUCUCAUGAAGUUCCGCUUGAAGCGAAAGGAUAGAUGCUAUGAGAAAAAGGUCCGAUAUGAGAGCAGAAAGAAACUUGCGGAGCAGCGUCCACGAGUAAAAGGUCAGUUUGUCCGUCAAGUGCAGGCUAAUCCUACGCAUACAGAAGCUGAGCGUCAUCAUGGCAAUUCAUCUGAUAGAUAGGAAUAGUUACAACCCUGUAAACCGAGGAGAGCACGGACUCAAAUUAUAUAGAUGGUUUAGCACAUAAGCAAUGCUUUUUGUAUGAUAGUAGUUAAUGACACAGGUUAGUAUGUACUUAAAGGAAACUAAUGUUUUGAUAUUUUAUAGUAGAACCCCGAAUCCUUCUUUA